GCGGAAAUAAAGAGGACCGCAAGUAUAAAUGGUGGCCCAAGUCUAGAGGUGACGAGACACAUCAUACUGCAUUCUUUUAACCUCCGACCACAGACCAAGACAAUCAUCAUGCUGAGACAGAUUUCUUUGGUGGCCUUGCUGCUUCUUGUCCAACAUUGUAAGUACGCAGUGCGCUCUAAUGAGAUCAAUGAAAUGUUUAUACGCAUUAAACUGUUUGCUGACUUCUUUGACUAGUGGUAACUGGAAGGGGUGCUUAAAAAAAACUAUUUACCAUUUUUACACCCGCUUCAGUAACAACUUAAAACUCACGAACAUUAAAUACCUCUUAGGAGUUCUUCCUCGUGCAGAUUGUUAAUUAUCGAAAUAGAAAUAGAAAUUAAAGACAUAUUCAUAUACAAAUCUCUCAUUAACGUUUAACUUGUAACCGGAGAAAGUAAACUACCUCAUUAUAAACGGGAAUAUUUCAGUUUAUAACUACAACAUUACUAAUGUUCAUGUAUCAAUUUAUAACUACAAUAUUACUAAAGGGCACGUAUAAAUUUAUAAUAAAUAAUAAUAAUAUAAUAGAUAACAAUAUUUUUUUUGGUUUAAAUCUCAUGUUGCGCAAUGUAUGUGGUAACAACAACAACUUAAGUUUGAUACACCAUACUGUUCAAACUAAAAAGUUGUUAACGUCUUCUUUAUCUUCUGUCUGCUUCAACUGGGGAGGCGUCGUGGGAAGUUACAGUUUGUGACUAGCAGCGAGGUUUUGAGACCCGCUGGAGGUUCUUGUUGGGGACUUUGAGGUUGUACUUAACACAGUCGAUCCCCCCACGGCUUGAUCUUCCUGUUACACUUAAACAGAAGGGCCUGCUAUUGUAAAGGAUACGUUAUAGAGAGACUGCGUUUGAGUCGUGUGAAGGAAAUUAUGGAACAAGAUAUGUUUAGGCUUGAAAUAAAAACACAGGAAAUUAAAGGGACGUUUAGGAGAGAGACCUUCUUUUUCAUUUAAACAAGAAACAAUGCAUAGUUUAAAAAAAAAUAAAAAAAUUAAUAAAUUGUGUUAUAAAUUCUCAAAGAAUUCAGUAUAGGGCUAUGUCGUAUACUUUAUCGGUUCUCAGCACAGAGCUCCAUUGACUAAAUAGAGAUCUUAUAACACAAAGUUUUUUUGUCUAAUUAUCUUUCGUUUCCUGCAUAUUUCUGAGUGUAUUUUAAAACAAGUAUUACAAUUUCAGCGGAGCGAUUAUUUGCAGUAUUUGUUAACUUUAUUUUCUUGAAUGUUAAUAUUUUGUGAAAAUUAGGUAAAUUAAUAUAAAGACUGAACAUAUCUGAUAUAGUAUCAAAUGGUUGAAUUGCAAAUAAAUACUACUUUUUUAAAGUAAAGUUUUUUUGGUAGUCAUUUGUUUUUAAUUGCAUUAUUAAAGUGCAAACUUGUAGUUCAAAUAUUAAACUAGGAUGUAACGUGUGCAUCUUUCUACUUGCUUUGUGACUCUCAAAUACAAUGACAUGUCUCAAAUAAAUAACUAAAUUAGCCGGCUAUCUUAGUGAGUGCUGUUGAAAUGUGAACUGUUAUUUGAGUUGUUGAUGUGUGCACAAUCCCAUGUCAUCCAUCACAUCAUGAUCUAUUUCACUUUUGUUGUUUAAACAGGCAAUUUUGAAACCCGUUUAAAAAGGUUGAUUAUGUUGCAACAGUGUCUAAAUUGUAACUGUAAUCAAAACCUUGCUAACGAGUAAAGAAGUUACAAUCAACAUAUUUAACAUGUUGCUCUCAAUCAAAUGUUAAAUAUAAUACUAUGCGAUUGGAGGCCAAUGUUAAACCAAAAUUACGUUCAGAUUUCAUAAUAUAAAAAAAUAGUCAGUGAGAUGUGUAAUGAUUUAAUAAGACGACAUCUGAAGUUCAACGUGUUGUUACAGAAUAUAUUUGAAUGAUCACGUGUCAUUUGUGUGCCGGAUGUCAUCUUACUAGAUUAUAAUUAUCACGGUAAAAUGCUGAAAAGCAUUGUCUCACAAAUAUGUCAAAAAGUUAUUUUUAAAAAGACAUAAAUUGUCAUAAACUUAUCAAAAAUUGAGAAAAAUGAACACGCAUUACUUAUGACCCAAAUAAGUCUCUCAACCUUGACCGAUUACUGAACCCAACCCUGCCGGAUGCAAAAACCUGCGGUCGUCCAUGUUUGGAGAGAGAACCACUUUGGUCCUGUUGUGUAUUAGAAAAGAAUGAAUAGCAUAUCCCGGUUCUUUCUAGUAAAACACAGUAUCUUGGACGUCAUUCAACCAGUGCACCGCAUUUUCAUAACUAUGUACAAAAGUAACAUCUUCAUAAUUAUGUACGAGAGCAACACCUUUCGUGUCCAAAGACAAAAACAAAACAAAAUUAAUGCUAACAACAUACAGCACCACUUUUUAGAGGUUGUAAAGAAAGUGUUCUACUAUUUAUUAUCCCAAAACAAACAAAAAUAUCACUGCAUUAUGGCAACCACGAUAAACUGAAAAAUUGGUAUUAAUAGCAUGCUUGUUAACAUCUAGAAUGGGUAGCUGUAGUCUACCAUUGAUCAUUGUUUGAUGAGUAGCUGUACCAUUGAUCAUUGUUUGAUGAGUAGCUGUACCAUUGAUCAUUGUUUGAUGAGUAGCUGUAGUCUACCAUUGAUCAUUGUUUGAUGAGUAGCUGUAGUCUACCAUUGAUCAUUGUUUGAUGAGUAGCUGUAGUCUACCAUUGAUCAUUGUUUGAUGAGUAGCUGUAAUCUACCAUUGAUCAUUGUUUGAUGAGUAGCUGUAGUCUACCAUUGAUCAUUGUUUGAUGAGUAGCUGUAGUCUACCAUUGAUCAUUGUUUAAUGAGUAGUUGUAGUCUACCAUUGAUCAUUGUUUGAUGAGUAGCUGUAGUCUACCAUUGAUCAUUGUUUGAUGAGUAGCUGUAGUCUACCAUUGAUCAUUGUUCGCCGACAACCCAAGCGAUUUUCACGAUGACAACGUGAACAAACUUCUUAUAUUUUUAAGGUUUGAAAAUUAGAGGAUAAUUUAGACAACUCGAACAUCUUAAGGGUUACCAAUAAAAUGAGGGAAAUACCAUACAUUUAUGGCACGUUUAAUUACACAUACAUUUUAAGAUGAACAAUUAUUUGAAAAAAAUAGGUCUAAUCACAAGUUUUUAAAAAGAUGUUGCUGCCCAUCCGGACACUGUGUUUAUGUUUAAAAAUAAAUAAAUAAUAUUAUUCUGCGAAAUGGUAAAUUUUUUACACCGUUUAUUCGUAACAUUCAUUAUUUAUGGUUUUUAAUCAAAGUUUAAAUGAACAUUUUCAGGCGAAGCACAACCUGCGUGUACCACAGACACAGCACCCACAGUGUGUGUAGCUCCAUUGUAUAAGGCCACGUGCACUUCAGCUAAGUGUGAAUGUGCCACAGGUUUGACUCCUACAACAGCAGGAGAUGCCUGUGAACGUAAGCCAAUGUUUAUUUAUAUUUAGAAAAUCCCUUAACGUUUUAAAUACUAAGUUGACUUUAUAAAUAUUUUAUGAAAAAAAGUUUUAAAAUAUUUAUAUGGUUACUUUAUUGUUCCAGCAGGUUAAACCCUUUUAUUUUAAUAAAAAUGUAUAUCAUAUUUGUCCAACUCUAUGAGAUUCCUUGUAUGUAGACUCACUAUGUUAAAUAAAAACGAUGACCAGUAUAAUAAUUAAAAAAAAAAAAUAUUUAUGUUAUUACUUUAUUGACACAGUUAAAGUCCCAACAGUAAAGAAUGAUAACUCCGGAAAGACCUAUUACACUAAUGUCGACUACAAGCUGGAGUGUAGCACUACUGUGAGUGGUGUUACUUACAAAUGGACCAAGUAAGCAUUCUAAAUUGAUUAUCACGCAGUAAGAGAAUUUAAUCCAACAUAUCUUUUAAAACACACAUCUAUCCUCUUUUCUCAUCGAUCGUUUUUUCCUUUCGUGUAUUUGACACUGUGCUUUCUAAACUCAGCACAUUUUCACUACUGAAUUUAUGAAUUGAAUUUAUACAUUCUUUUCUAUGCUUCAUUAAAACAAAAUCCGUCAUUCGCAGACUAGUAAAAUUGAUGGAAAAUGUCCAGUUAUUUAUUUGUAUGAUUGUGCUCCAGUCACCACCAAACGACAAGUUCUUUAAAAGGGAGCUAAUUUAAUUCUGUACCGAAGUAAAUACGUCCCCGAGCUAACAUACAACGCUAUUCAAAUAACGAGCUUAUAUCGAGGAGUUGUUCAAACAGAUCGAUUUCAGUUAACAUUAUAAAGUAAUAUAAUUAGUUGCUAACUUAAUACGAUGAAUUAAAUAUUGUUUGAUUCAAAUAAAUCUAUAAUAAUUUCAUUUAUUUAUUAAAUAUUAGUUUUAACUAUAAAAACAUUAUAAAAUAAAGAAUCUUUUACUAUUUCUCGUAAGUUGUGUUUUAAAUGUCUGUAUGUCAAACUUGAACAAGAGGGACCAGAAGGUCAAAUAAUAAAAACAGAUAGAAAAUAAAAUAUACGUUGCUGGUAUGAAUAAUUUCGUGUGCGGUACAAUACCAGGGUUGAAGCUGUCGUGAAAUAUAUGUUGGUACAAUACCACGGGUGGAAGCUGUCGUGAAAUAUAUGUUACAUACACAUAUUAACUAAUAUUAAUUUAGCUUUUGAAAAAUCAAUACUUUGUAAAAAAAAAUAAUUCAUCAUUGUGGGCUUCAUUACAUCAUUAUUCACAUAAAUUAGAUAUCAAUUGUUAAUUUUACUCUUUAGGUCUACAUAUUUUAAUCCUGUUACUGAAUAAUUUUAGGGGUACCACAGAAGUCACGGGAGCCACGUCCAGUACUUACACCAUCAAAGAAACGACACAAACCGCCGCUACUAACUACAAGUGUGAGAUUUCUAUUGGUGGAAACAAAGCUUCUAGUGCUGAGGUCUCCGUGGCUGUUGUGGGUGAGUUUGAAACCUUCUUCAAAAUGAUUUUGCCGUAUAAUAAGUAGAGAACGACCGAAAGUGAUUUUCUGAUUUCGGCCGAAGCCGAAAAUAGGCCGAAAGUUUAAAAUGACUUUCGGCCGAAACCGAAAAAAAUACCGAAAGUUUAAAAAUGACUUUCGGCCGAAACCGAAAAAAGGCCGAAAGUUAAAAAUGAAUUUCAGCCGACGCCGAAACCGAAGCCGAAACCGAAAAUGAAAUGUUAAGAUAUUUUGAAAUUCGUUCCCACAUACACUCUGCAUACAUCGAAAAUGAUGUGGGAAAGUAUAAAUAUUUACAUUCUUUUUAUAAAAAAAUGAGAUAAUCGUGAAUAUUAAUAAAUAAACAUCUAAUAUAGGGUUCUCAAACUCGCGGCCCACGAGCCAUUUGCGACCCGCAAGACGAUAUUUUGCGGCCCGUUACAUGACAGAAAAGUUUAGUGUAAAUGCGUCGGCCGUUUCACCCAUUCUCAUAUCUAUAACGUGACUCUCCGCGACGGUUUCAGUCGAAUCUAACGACUAGUCUAAUUCUGAUUAUUUUUUUUUAAUGCUUCUAUAUAUUUUUGAAUGCAACAGUGAGUAGGUGGAUGAAAGUGAAUCCUAGUUCUUGAGAACCCUUAAUGAUUUUAUUGUUAUGUAUAAAGGUUGAGCAGAUUGUAACAGUUGUAAUCGCUUUUUUGUGGAUUACUUGAUGCGGCCCAGUCUCAUUCAGACACUAUCUCCUGCGCUCCCCCCUUCCCCCUUUUGAUGAUUUGAGUUUGAGACCCUUGAUCUAAUGAAUACUUUGGAUUUUACCAUUUUAAUAUAAAAGUAAUUUAAAUUGCUUUACAAUUUAUUUUUAAAUUAGUAUGGCAGGAGAAUAUUUGGCAAAAAUUGGGGGGUGGGGGGUGGGGGGGGAAAUUAAUGCUAAAUAUAAUUUUUUUAAACCGGGUCUCUAAAAAUUGUGGUUCUAAAAGAUCGCUUAAUUUGUUUUUAAAGAUCGUUUAGUUGGUUGUUAUGGAUCGGUUAGUUUGUUCUUAAAGAUCUGUGUGUUUGUUCAUACAGAUCGCUUAGUUUGUUCUAAAAUAUCGCAAAGUUUAAUCUUAAAGAUCGCUUAAUUUGUUCUGAAAGAUCGCUUAGUUUGUUGUUAAAGAUCGCUUAGUUUGUUGUUAAAGAUCGUUUAGUUUGUUCUUAAAGAUCGCUUAGUUUGUUGUCAAAGAUCGUCUAGUUUGUUGUUAAAGAACGUUUAGUUUGUUGUUAAAGAUUGUUUAGUUUGUUGUUAAAGAUCGCUUAGUUUAUUGUUAAAGAUCGUUUAGUUUGUUCUUAAAGAUCGCUUAGUUUGUUGUCAAAGAUCGUUUAGUUUGUUGUUAAAGAUCUUUUAGUUUGUUCCUGAAGAAAAUUUAGUUUUCUGUUAAAUAUCGCUUAUUUUAUUCUUAUAAAUCAUUUAGUUUACUAUUAAAGAUCAUUUGUUUUGUUCUUAAAGAUUAUUUAGUUCGGUCUUAAAAAUAGUUUAGUUUGUAGAUCGUUUAGUUGGUUAUUAAAGAUUGUUUAGAUAGCUUUUAAAGAUCACUUAGUUUGUUUUAAAGAUCGUUUAGUUUGUUCAUAAAUGUCAUUUAGUUAUUUGUUAAAUAUUGUUUAGUUUGUUCACAAAGAAGGCUUAAUUUGUUCUUAAAUGUCGCUUAGUUUGUAGUUAAAUAUAGCUUUUGCUGAGUUUUAAUUGACCGAAAACCUGAGUCACUUUCGGCCGGAUGGCCGAAAGUCUAAGUCAAUUUCGGGCGAAACCGAAGACAAACCGAAAGUUAAAUUUUCAGUUUCGGCCGAAACCGAAAUUAAGCCGAAAGUUAACUUUUCAGUUUCGGCCGAAACCGAUACUUGGCCGAAAGUGAUAAAAUGGACACUUUCGGCGCCGAAACCGAAGCCGAAGCCGAAAUUCGGUCGGCCUCUAAUAAUAAGUUAGAAAAUGGAUUGUAAAAUACACACAUCCGAUAAAAUGUUUUCAUGAUACACUGGCCGAUUCUUGAAAAAAAAAAUUGAAUCUUGCAAGUAAAAUAAAAGUGAGUUAUUAUACAAAUAAGAUGUCGGAAUGUGAUGUAAUACUUUGGAAAAAAAAUGUAGUUGAAAGAGGUAAAUGGCAAAUAGCGGGGGAAGCAAUACGAAAAUUAAAAUAAUCCGACAUUAUGUGACACUUAUUACAAGACUAUCCAGUGCAUUGAUUUGCCAACUUUUCAUCUUUGUGACCCACUAUAGACAUUUAUCAUUUCAGGACACAGUAAGUCAGUUUUAGCAGUAAUCUGGGUACUAAAAUAACCCAUCUUAAAACACAUACGGACACAAACAUUUGUGAUCGUUUUGUUAUAAAACUUAAUGUUUGUGUCCGUAUGUGUUUUAAGAUGGGUUAUUUUAGUAACAUGACACAUAUCUCAUAAAAAUGUAUACUUUUAGAGGUUUUAAAUAAAUUUGUUUGCUAUAGUACAAACUCUUAUAUUUCAAAACGAAUAACAGUUGUGAUAAUGACUGUUUUCACUUCCAGAAAUAUGAACCACAUUUUAAAAUAAUCUUAACUGUAUUAAAUAGGCUCGGAUACAUUUUUUAGAGUUGUUUUCUACAUUAAUAGAGCUUCCAACAGUUGAGGCUGAGGUAGUUUGUUAUAGUGUUGCUAAAGGUUGAUGCUAUUUUCACCAUAUUUUCUGUCCUCAAUUAGCAACUUAUCCAUUAUAAACGUAAUGUAACUGCUCAAUUAGCAACUUAUCCAUUAUAAACGUAAUGUAACUGCUCAAUUAGCAACUUAUCCAUUAUAAACGUAAUGUAACUGCUCAAUUAGCAACUUAUCCAUUAUAAACGUAAUGUAACUGCUCAAUUAGCAACUUAUCCAUUAUAAACGUAAUGUAACUGCUCAAUUAGCAACUUAUCCAUUAUAAACGUAAUGUAACUGCUCAAUUAGCAACUUAUCCAUUAUAAACGUAAUGUAACUGCUCAAUUAGCAACUUAUCCAUUAUAAACGUAAUGUAACUGCUCAAUUAGCAACUUAUCCAUUAUAAACGUAAUGUAACUGCUCAAUUAGCAACUUAUCCAUUAUAAACGUAAUGUAACUGCAAUUGGCUAAUACAAUGCGGAUGUUUUAAAUAGGAGUUUAAUUUUUCACACAUAAUUAAACAAUAUAAAGAUUAUCAAAAUCUUUGCAUCAGCAAUGAUAGGGACUCAAAAUAAUCACGCUCUACUCUCUUAACGAAGCUAGGGAACUGAUUCUAAGUGUCAGCCUUUAGAAAAGAAGCUAGGGAACUGAUGCUAAAUAUCAGUCUUUACAGAGAAGCUAGGGAACGGAGGCUAAAUAUCAGUCUUUACAGAGAAGCUAGGGAAUGGAGGCUAAAUAUCAGUCUUUACAGAGAAGCUAGGGAACUGAUGCUAAAUAUCAGUCUUUACAGAGAAGCUAGGGAACUGAUGCUAAAUAUCAGUCUUUACAGAGAAGCUAGGGAACGGAGGCUAAAUAUCAGUCUUUACAGAGAAGCUAGGGAAUGGAGGCUAAAUAUCAGUCUUUACAGAGAAGCUAGGGAACUGAUGCUAAAUAUCAGUCUUUACAGAGAAGCUAGGGAACUGAUGCUAAAUAUCAGUCUUUACAGAGAAGCUAGGGAACUGAUGCUAAAUAUCAGUCUUUACAGAGAAGCUAGGAAACUAAUUCUAAGUGUCAGCCCUUACAGAAAGCUAGGGAAGUAAUUCUACGUGUCAGCCAUUGCAGAGAAGCUAGGGAACUGAUUCUAAGUGUCAUCCCUUACAGAGAAGUUAUGGAACUGAUUCUUAGUUUCAGCCCCUACAGAGAAGCUAGGGAACUUAUGCUAAAGUGUCAGCUCGUACAGAGUAGCUAGGGAACUGAUUUCAAGUCAGCCCUUACAGAUAAGCUAGGGAAGAGAUUCUAUGUGUCCGGCCUCAAAGAGUAGCUAGGGAACCAAUGCUGUCAGCCCUUAUAGAGAAGCUAGGGAACCGAUGCUGCCAGUCCCUAUAGUGAAGCUAGGGAACCGAUGUAGUCAGCCCUUAUAGAGAAGCUAGGGAGAUGAUGCUAAUUGUCAGCCAUUUUAAAGAAGCUAGGGAACUAAUGUUAAGUGUUAGCCCUUAUAGAGAAGCUAGGGAACACAUUUUAAGUGUCAGCCUUCCUAGAGAAGUUUGGGAACUGAUGCUAAAUGUCAGUCCCUAUAGAAAAUCUUGGGUGAUGCUAAGUGUCAGCCCUUAUAGAGAAGCUAGUGAACUGAUUAUAAGGGCCAGUAGUUACAAAGAAUCUAGGGAACUGAUUCUAAGUGUCAGCCCUAACAGAAAAGCUGGGGAACUGAUUCUAAGUCAGCCCUUACAGAGUAGCUAGUGAACCGAUGCUGUCAGCCCUUAUAGAGCAGCUAGGGAACUGAUCAUGUCAGCUCUUAUUAAGAAGCUAAGAAACUGAUGCUAAUUGUGAGCCCUCCUAGUGAUGCUAGGGAUCUUAUGCUAAGUGUCAGCCCUUACAGAGAAGCUAGGGAACCGAUGCUGUCAGUCCUUAAAGAGAAGCUAGGGAAUCGAUGCUGUCAGCCCUAUAGAGAACUAGGGAACCAAUGCUUUCAGACCUUAUAAAGAAGCUAGGGAACCGGUGCUGUCAGACCUUAUAAAGAAGCUAGAGAACCGAGGCUGCCAGACCUAUAGAGGAGCUAGGGAACCAAUGCUAAUGAAAAUUUAAGAUAUUUCAAACGGAAACAAGGGAAAAGAUUACAAAAGAAAGCAAAACAUUGAAAUAAUUUUAUGACCAAAAAUGCAUAAAUGAAAGUAUAGCUUAUUACCUCUCAAAACAACUUCAACUUGCAGGCGACACACAGGUGGCCCAGUUUGUAAAGCAAUGAUCUAGUUGUACUCCUUAAAUCACAAACAUUAGCCAAGCAUCAGUGGCGAUAUCAGAAAUCGCUCUUUACAAUACACUUCAAAUUACAUUUAGAUGUUUUUCUUUUAGUAUGCAAUUUUACAACUGUACAUUACAAUUUGUUUUAGAUAAAUGAUAAUAAUUGGCAGGGUUGGGAAUGGCGGGGUUGGGGGGGGGGGGAGAACCUACACAAGUCUGAUGCAUGAUCUGUCUCUUAAAUUUUACCGAUCCUUGCAUCUAUUUACCCAUUUGAAAGAUAAUGACGUCUUUAAAUUGAUGUUCAACUAUUAUUAGAAUAUCUCAAUGAAAUAUUUAUAACAUUAAGUUAAAUUCAAUGCAAAUUAGUUUUUACGUUCAAAUUUGUUUUUCCAUAUGCUAUUUUUUAUUUUGUUGUGUUUUAAAUAGACGUUUUUUAAUGUUACCACAAAAAUGUAUGCAUGAAUAUAUAUAUAUAUAUAUAUAUAUAUAUAUAUAUAUAUAUAUAUAUAUAUAUGUAUAUAUAUAUUUUUAAUUAUAUAUUUUUUUAAAUAUUUAAUCACAUUUCAUUUCAAAUGAAUCGACUGUUUAAGGCUUAUCAGAGGCUUAAAAAUGUACACCAGAUUUAAAUUAAAUCGAACCUAUCCUUAUUACUUAGAAAGUUUACACAUAAACAUUCAAAUAUCAGACUGUUUAUUUUAUUUAAUUUAAGCGCCAGGAAAGGUGUGCACUGCUGACACGGACUGCACUGGCACAGUGUUCUCGGGGAAAUGUGACCUGACUGAUCCAAAGCGUUGCGCAUGUGCAGCAAACUAUGUUGCGAAAGAAGACACGUGCAAAAGUAAGAACAAAUCUAAACGUAUUUUGUUUAUUACAAAUAAUUAUAGGCUAGAUUAAUAUAUAUAUACAUUUUCCUUCAAAAUAAUUUGAUAAAACAUACUAAUGUUAAUAACUACAUACUAUUUUUUCCAAUUCCUAGAUGGCGCUGCAGUUGUAAGCACGAGCCUGUUGCUACUGUUGGUUGUUGCCGUCUUCUCGCAACUGAUGAAACUUUAUUGAACCGUUUGAGUUGUCCUAUGGUUCAAAGAAAGACAUUUCUAAAGCCCCGAUAUUUCAGCUAAUUUAUUUUAAACUAUGCUUUCAUUUUUCACCAGAUAUAAAUUCAAUAUCAGUUGGAAAGGUUGAGCCUUAAGUACCAUGCCUUUACAUUUACAUUAAUUAAAUUUUUUUGCUCUAGCUUUAAAGUCAUUACCGAAAUACAAUUUCACGUUGAAUUUGCUGUGAUUUAAAGUAGUGAAUACGAAAUAAAUAAAUUCCAAAUAUUGUUUGUUUGACCAAUGUCAGGAGAAGUGUUUCAAAUCAUAAACAUUCCAGAUAAUUUAUUGAUUUAUUUCUUCGUGAUUAUUCUUGGAAUUCUUUUUUUUUUAAAGUUAAAAUCUGUGAUACAAAUGAACUUGUUAUCUUUGCAAUGAAGAUUUGACCUUUGGUCAUGUCAGAAACGAGUCUUGUUCAAUCAUUAUUCAAUUAACUGCCCAAUCACGUUAUGUUUGUUUUAGUUUGCCAAAUUAUUUUUUUUCUUGUGCUUUAAGAUACAGAUUAAAAAAUGAGAAGAGGGAUUAAACUUUUGAAUUUUCUUUAUUUAUAAUUCUUU